GGUGGCAUCAAACAUUGUCAUGACAACAGCCGUGCAAUGGAGGACAGGGAGCGUGAGAAAAAACUGGCCAGGAAGCGACUCUACAUCGUUUCAGCAGUCUGUUUGGUCUUCAUGAUCGGAGAGAUCUUAGGCGGCUACUUUGCGGGGAGUUUGGCGGUGAUGACCGAUGCCGCUCACCUCCUCGUGGACUUCACCAGCUUCCUCAUUAGUCUGUGCUCCCUCUGGCUCUCCUCCAGACCUGCAACACACACUCUCAACUAUGGCUGGCAUCGGGCAGAGAUCCUGGGUGCUCUUCUCUCUGUGUUCACCAUCUGGCUGGUGACGGGGGUGCUGGUGUACCUGGCGGUGGAGAGGCUUAUUCAUGAUGACUACACCAUCGAGGGCACCAUCAUGCUCAUCACCUCCGGCUGUGCUGUGUUGGCCAACAUCAUAAUGGCAGUAACGUUACACCAGUCGGGUCACGGCCACAGUCACGGGGGACUGAGCUCAGACGGGCACGGGCACGGGCACGGGGGCGGGCAUGGGCACAGUCACGCCAAGCGCAAUGGUGUCAGCUACAACAGCUUGGAUCACCACGACGAGGAGGCCCAGGAGACAGGCAUAAGACAGCAGGCCAAUGCCAGCGUGAGGGCUGCCUUCGUGCACGUGAUCGGGGACCUCCUGCAGAGUGUCAGUGUACUGGUCAGCGCCUUCAUCAUCUUUUUCAAGGUUAGGACAUAAACAGGGCCGGAAUACAAAAUUGCGGAUCCGAUCUGUACCUUCCUCUUCUCUCUGUUUGUCCUUGGCACCACCUUCACCAUCAUGAGAGACAUUCUGGUGGUGCUGAUGGAAGGCACCCCCGCAGGAGUGAGUUACAGGGAGGUGAGGGAGAAACUUCUCUCUGUGAAGGGAGUGAAGGCUGUUCACAACCUGCACAUCUGGGCUUUGACUAUGAACCAGGCUGUGCUGUCGGUCCACGUGGCCGUUGACGACAGUGUGGAGCCACAGGCGGUACUGCAAGAGAUCAACCAGGCCUGUUUCACCACCUACAGCUUCCAUUCCAUCACCAUCCAGCUGGAGCAACAGGCUGACCAGAGACCCGGGUGCACCCUCUGCCAGGACCCAAAAAGCUAA